AGAGGAGUCUGAGGACUUUAGGAUGGCGGUGGUGUUCUUCGCCUCAGAUUGUGCCGGGGACCAAAAGGGGGACUAGGAUGGGAAAUGCAUGUGCCACUUCUCCAGACUCUAGUUGAAAAGCUAGCGAGAGCAACAUGAGUUGGAGCUUCCUCACGCGUCUCCUGGAAGAGAUCCACAACCACUCCACCUUUGUGGGCAAAGUGUGGCUCACCGUGCUCAUCAUCUUCCGCAUUGUGCUGACGGCCGUCGGAGGGGAGUCCAUCUACUCGGACGAGCAGACCAAGUUCACCUGCAACACCAAGCAGCCGGGUUGCGAUAACGUGUGCUACGAUGCCUUUGCCCCGCUGUCGCACGUGCGCUUCUGGGUCUUCCAGAUCAUCAUGAUCUCCACGCCCUCCAUCAUGUACAUGGGCUACGCCAUCCACAAGAUCGCCCGCUCGUCGGAGCAGGAGCGGCGGAGGAACCACAGGAGCCGCAAAAAGCCACCGCCUCACUCGAGGUGGAGGGGAAGCCGCCGUCUGGAGGACGUCUUGGAGGGAGAGGAUGACGACGCGGAGCCGAUGAUCUACGAAGACGCGCUGGAGGGUCCGGAGAGCAAACCGGAGCUGGUCGGCGCCAAUUGCAAAGACCAGCCAAAACAUGACGGUCGCAGAAGAAUCCUGCAAGAGGGGCUGAUGCGGAUCUACGUUCUUCAGCUCCUGUCGCGAGCCAUCUUUGAGAUCGCGUUCCUUGCGGGACAGUACCUCCUGUACGGCUUUCAAGUUAGUCCUUCCUUUGUGUGCAAUAGGCUCCCCUGUCCGCACCGAGUGGACUGUUUCAUCUCCAGGCCCACCGAGAAAACAAUCUUCCUUCUCAUCAUGUACGUGGUGAGCUGCCUUUGCCUCAUCUUGAACGUGUGCGAGAUGCUUCACCUGGGAAUCGGGACUUUUCGAGACACCCUGCACCUCAAGAGGAACCGGGGUCGGCGGACCUUCGGCUACCCGUUCUCCCGCAACAUCCCGGCCUCCCCUCCCGGAUACAACCUGGUGAUGAAGACCGACAAACCCAGCAGAAUGCCGAACAGCCUCAUCACCACCCAUGAGCAGAACAUGGCCAACGUGGCCCAGGAACAGCAGUGCACCAGCCCGGAUGAGAACAUACCCUCCGACCUGGCGAGUCUCCACCGCCACUUGCGGGUGGCCCAGGAGCAGCUGGACAUGGCCUUUCAAACAUACCAAACGAAAAACCACCAGCAGACCUCCAGAACCAGCAGUCCCGUGUCCGGGACUACCACAGCGGAGCAAAACCGAGUCAACACGGUCCAGGAGAAGCAAGGUGCCAGGCCCAAGUCGACCACGGAGAAGGCUGCCACCAUUGUAAAAAACGGAAAAACUUCAGUCUGGAUCUAGAAACUUGUCACGUGCUAUUUAACAGUAAUAUCUUGAAGACUGCACUUGAGGAGUUGCAUUACUUUGGACAACAAUCAGAGCAUUUAAAGGAUUACAGAAUACAGUGGACUUCAGAAUUUAAAAAACACACACCGAGACACUGUUGAGAAUUGUCUUUGUUACCGUCCAGUGUCAUUUGUGCUUUCCACGAAUAGCAUACGCCUAGUUAGUAACGUCUCUAACUCGACUAAUUCAUCAAGACAGAAAACGCGUGUUGCGAGAAAUUUACCGACUGCUGCCAGACUGGAUUUAGUAGCUGAUUUCUUGUGAGGCACGACUGCUGAUUGUUCUCGGUAAGAAGGGUAUCGCGUAUGAAUGGC